AUGGACCAGGGGCAUCCUCCACCACCCUAUCCGAGCCCGGCUCCCCCAUACCCCCAGCACCCAACUGGACAACCCGGUCCUCAGCCGUAUCCCGGCUACCCACCAGGACCCUAUCCCACCGGCUAUCCUGCCCACCAAGGCUACCCACCACCCUACGGCUACCAAGGCUACCUACCGUGUCUUCCUCCUCUGCCUCCGGGACUAGCCUACACAGCUGGGCCUGGACACGCCGUGUACAUUGUGGAAGAACGGAAGAAGGACGAAUCAGCCUUGGCCACCUGUUUGGCUGCUUGCUGGGCCACGCUUUGCUGCUGCUGCCUUUGGGACAUGAUGACCUGUGGCUGA